AGAUUGAGAUUGAGGAACACACAGUAAAAACGAAAAGACCUUAUUUGACACAACACAAGUAGAGGUGUUUCUUAUCCAAAACCAAAACCAAAACCAAAACCAUCACUAAACCCUAGCACCAACUCACACUUUCACUCACUUCCUUGGUUCAUUCUCACACUACCUCUGAAAUGGCUACAGCUCAAUUAACCGCAUCCUCGAUGUCAACAAGGAACUUGCCAUCAUUUCCAGGGCUUAGGCCUUCAAUUGUGAAGGUUGGUCCUUCAGUGGGGCAUUGCAGAGUAGGGAGUGUCCUUUCGCAGAGGUCGUUCCGGGGUCUGGUUGUCAAAGCUGCAACUGUGGUUGCUCCCAAGUACACUUCGAUUAAGCCUUUGGGUGAUAGAGUGUUGGUCAAGAUCAAAACUGCAGAAGAAAAGACUGAUGGUGGAAUUUUACUUCCAACAACUGCUCAAACAAAGCCUCAAGGAGGUGAGGUGGUUGCUAUAGGAGAGGGGAAGACAGUUGGGAAGAGCAAAGUGGACAUCAGUGUGAAGACUGGCACCCAAGUUGUGUAUUCCAAGUAUGCUGGGACUGAGCUGGACUUCAAUGGUUCAAAGCAUCUUAUUUUGAAGGAUGAUGAUAUAGUUGGUAUUCUUGAAACGGAUGAUGUCAAGGAUCUCAAGCCCCUGAAUGAUAGAGUAUUAAUUAAGGUUGCUGAGGCUGAGCAAAAGACAGCUGGAGGUUUGUUGCUGACAGAGGCAGCAAAGGAGAAGCCUUCUAUUGGGACGGUGAUUGCAGUUGGACCAGGUCCUCUGGAUGAAGAAGGCAACAGGAAACCAUUAUCCCUCACCCAAGGGAGCACAGUCAUGUUCUCCAAGUAUGCUGGGAAUGACUUCAAGGGCAAAGACGGUUUUGAUUAUAUUGCUUUGAGGGCUUCAGAUGUUAUGGCCGUUCUUUCUUAGUUGUUUGGUUUUAUAUGCUUAAUUUGUAUUUUGAGAAAAUUUUGGCAAAAGUGCCUCUAGACAUAUGGAUUUUGGAAUAUAUUAGCACUUUGGAGUGUUGAUUGCA